AAAUCUGCAACUAUUUCUACAUCUAUAUGUAUUUUAUCAAUUUUCUGUCACAACCCAUCUUUUCAAAGAAAUCAACGAGUGAAAAAAUGACAUCAAAUCUGGCAAAGGAAGUGCCUCAUGAUCAUGGCCCUGAUUUGAUCGACAAGCUUCCUGACACACUCUUGACUGAGAUUCUAUCAAAAUUACCAGCUGAUGAAGCUGUAAGAACAGGUAUUUUAUCAAGGCGAUGGAAGGGUUUAUGGAGGUAUGUUUCUCGUUUAGAUUUUGAUCCAAAAAGGAUGAUGAAACCAAGCAAACAGAUUCUUUAUCAAGAGCAAAUGAUCUCUCAAAGACUUGGAAUCAAUUCCUUGAAACAUGAUGUGGAGAAAGAGAUUUUCCGUGCUGUUAUGAUGAUUGACAAGGUAUUGUUUUCUCAUCCAUGUAACUUGAUUAGUUGCAAAAUCAUUCAUUUUUCAGAUAGCUGCAAAAAUGGUCAGCUUGAAAAAUGGAUUAAAUAUCUUAUAUCAGAGAAAGGGGUACAAGAACUAGCUUUCACUUGUGAAGAAAGUCCUAGUUGUCAGCAGAAUUUUGAAGCAAGAUUUAGUAAUCUGAAAUGGAGUUUGCCAUCAGUAAUUUUCUCAUGUGCAACUUUGCAUACACUUGAGUUGACAAAUUACGAGCUUGAAACUCACUCCCCUUUUGAUCAAUGUCAUAAUCUAAAAACCUUGAAACUCAAAUGUUUGUCUCUUCCAACUGAAAUCCUUGAUGGAAUCAUUUAUAGUUGUGGGUUUUUAGAGCAUUUGAGCCUUUGUUCUUGCACCGGUUUCAAUCGAGUUCGGAUUGUUAGUGAUAAUGUUAACACUGUGGAGCUGGAGUAUUUGGAGCUGAAAGGGAUAUACUUAUCAACGAAAUCCCUUGGGGUUUUGGUGCUUGAUUCUAUAAAAUGUCCAGCCAAAAAUUUGGUUAUCAAUGCCCCAAAACUGAAGGUGUUUCGUGCAUAUUGCAAUCCGAAACAUGAAAAUCCAAGCCAAAUUGUCAGAGAUCCAGGAAAUAAGCCAUUGAAGGCUGCAGAAAUUCUUGAGCAUUGCAGUGGUCUAUUACCUCCUCAAAGACCUGAAAAUGAUCAAGCUUAUGGUCAUCGAGAGGAUAACUCGAGUUUGUUCGAAAAUUUAUGGAAGCUAUCCAUUGAUUUGGACUUGAACAACAUAAGGGAAGUGUUGAUACUUUCUUUCGUUUUACAAGUAUGCACUCAUCUACAGCAACUUCAAAUCAAUAUACAGGAAAUGCAAUCUAAAUUGAGGGAAGCGACCUCAGAUAAUGGUACUCAAAAUUGCCCAUUGCCAUAUCCAGAGUCAAUGUUAUGGGAUAAAAGGGAGCUAUGCGAUUGUAUCACGCGUAACCUAAGCGUAGCAUCGAUAAAAGGAUUCAAAGGAAAGGAGAGAGAACUGGAAUUUGUUAGGCAUCUCAUAACAAAAGCUACUGUGAUGAAGAAAAUCAACAUAUGCUGCAGUGAUAGCUGCUCAAGAGAAGGAGCUGAGGCAACACUUAGGUUACUGUCAUUGCCAAGGUCAUCCAUCAAUGUUUCAAUAGUCUUGCAACCAGGGCGUGAAUUUGAAUCGGCUCAGGUUGGUGCAAGUUUUGAAAGAUGGAUCUUAACCCUCAAGUAGUCGUGAUUGAGUUUUAGAGUUCGUUAUAUGUGAUAAGAUAAUUUACCUCGUAUCAUAUAUGUUGUUUUAUUUACUGAAUCUUUAAAGAUUUAUUAUAAACAUAAUUACGAUGCAUUAAAAAAUCUU